CUUUUAUCCCUUUUUCUAAAGAUCCUCUUCUGGGGUGAUGUUUCUCUAUUAUUGAAUAGUAUGGUAUGGUCAGAGCGAUCUUUUGUGCUGGCAGCUGCUGCGCGUGUUAGUCUUGUACACAUGUUUUGAACAUAGUUCGACUUUAUUGUUUGCUGUUACCCUGCUUGAUCAAAAUAUACGGAGCUUUGUUUUUUACAUUGUACGGUUUUGGUUCGUAAAAUGUAUUCCUGUAAAUUAUAUUCCAUCACCAAUUUCCUAUAUUGUAGAGUUAGUGCAUGAUGUUUUCAAUUGCAAUUCAAGAUUUGGUAUACCUCAGACGGUAUCCUUGCUUUCUUCCCGUUUAGACAAGAGGGCCGACGUGAUGUCUUCAAAACUUGUCACCGUGCUCCUACUGAUGACGUCCUGUUUGUUGGUGCCACCGGUACACAGCACCACAGGAGAGGUGGAGCCGCCAGAUUCCAAGAAGUACACAUUUUUGUACUUCGUUUCCAUGAUUGGUGGCAGUCAUUAUCCAUCUCUGUCCAUGUCUGGUAAGGAGCUAAUGAGACAGGGUCACAGGGUGGUGUCGCUGUUCAGCAGCUCCAGCCCUCCCCAGAUGCACACGGCCGACGCCGACAUCUUCACCACGGUGGUAUACACCUCGUCCGUCACGCCGCACCAUCGGGCCGACGUCAUGGCCCAUCUCGGCAAGCUGUUCGCCACGGGCGUCGUGACGACCUUCUGGGGUCCGCUGAUCGCAGGCGUCAGGGGCGACAUCCCCGAUGAGCUAAGCACCGGGGACAUGUGGCUACGCGAGUGCGACGAUCUGUUGGGAGAUGCGGCAACCAUGAAGAGGCUCCGGGAAGAGAAAUUCGACAUGCUGGUUGCUGAUGACUUCAUCCCGUGCAUUCCGCUCCUGGCACAGGCUCUAAACAUUCCCUUCAUCUACAACUGUGCUGGCCACGCAGUUCCCUGCGAACACGGCAUGUGGGCGGGGUUACCAAUCGAUCCCUCCUACAUCCCGGAGCGUGUGCUCGGUCUCACAGACAGAAUGACAUUCCUCCAGCGUGUGCAAAACGUCCUGGCACACACCUUCUACAAAUUCUGGUGGUUCAUGAUUUUCGACUUCAGACGCUUCGACCAGUUGAAAGUCAAGUACAACAUCCGACCUGAGCUCGGCACCUAUGAAUCCAACAAGCAAGCGUCUCUCUAUAUGUUCGAUGGGAGCUUCGCCUUGGAGUUCCCGCGACCCAUGCAGCCAAAUACUAUUUACGUUCUGUUCACAGCCGGUUCGGCUCCAAAUAAAACGAUCGAAGCCGAUGUGGCUGAGUUUCUGGACACAGCUCCCAGCGGCGUGGCUUUGUUCUCACUAGGCACACACGUUGGAAGUAUGGAGCGAGAAAAAGCCCAAGUCCUUGCCGACGGCUUGGCCUUGCUACCAGUCCGGGUGCUGUGGCAGACCUCAGCUCCUUUACCCGCCGGCGUCCGGCUGGCAGUCAACACUAAAGUCGUCCGGUGGCUGCCAAUGUCGCAGGUCAUGGAACAUCCGAACGUUAAAGUGUUAGUGAGUCACGGUGGAGGCUUCAGCAUGUACGAGGCGUUGUGGGCCGGACUGCCCAUGGUGGGCCUACCGUUCUUCGGAGAUCAGAUGGACAAUCUGGACCGGCUCGAAGACCGUGGGGUCGGCCUGCGGCUUGACAUCACCACUAUCACACCCGAUGUUUUGAACCAGACCAUCCACAAUGUCAUCACCGAUCCAAAAUUCCGUACCAACGCACGGCGUCUAUCCCUGAUAAUGCGAGACCUGCAGACCAUGUCGCCCCCAGUGAAGACGGCAGCCCACUGGAUCCUCCACGUCACCAAGUUCGGCGGUGAUCAUCUACGACCGGCCGUCCAAGACCUGAAUUACAUCCAGAGGAAUCUCAUAGAUGUCUACCUCUUCAUUUUGGCCGUCUUGGCUUUGAUCGUAUGGGUAAACCUUUCAUUGUGUUACUACUGCUGCAGAUGCAUGUGCGGCAGGGCAGGGAAAAACCAUCUAAAAAAGGACUAAUUAUUAUGCACGCGUAAAUGGAAAUUAUUGCUGGUAAAUCUUGUAAACAAUCGUUGUAAUUAUAUGUUAAAUAUAGGUCGCCUUUAUUGUAUUGCUGAUAUUUCAU